AUGGGCCUCACCUACGUGCAGAAGCAGAAGCUCCUCGACAGCAAGCCUCCCAAAGCAAAGGCAAAGGUGGGAGUUCAUGGAGGUUCGGCAGGGUCGUCACUGCUCUCAUCGGCCUGCUCGCCGGCGCCGUUGCCAACUUCGAAGGCCCCGCCGCCUCCUCCACGACAGAGGGAGCUCAGUCCGAGUCAGAUGCCGAUGAAGUUCCGGAUGCAUGGACAGCGACGAAUGCCACCGAGACAAUGGCACGGCGGCAACCGCUCGGCAGCUCCAUCCGUGGCCAGCUCGGACGAGAUGAGCGUGAACUCCGAGGCUCGCUGGACCAGGAAGACUCACGGACGAGGACAAGUUCGCGACGAGGCCGCGAACCCGAACAGCGGGUACAUGAACGCCGAGGAGAUUGCCAUAGCGCAGGACUUCUACUUGGGGGACGGCCAGGACGACGAUCCGAACUACUGGGAGGAACGCAUGGCCAGGGACGACUGGGACGAGGAUCGCGGAUGCUUUGCCCUGAAGUCAGGCCAACGGAAGCGCUUGGCCGGUGCAGCCAAGGCGCUCUUCGAUGGUACGUCACAAUAUCGCACGGACUUAGUGGAGAUCUUCGGAGGUGAAGCCGCCAUCACCCAGGAGGCUCUGCGCACAGGUCUUCGUGCACUUCAGCCCAUCGACGAGGUCUAUGGCCAAAAGCUCAACGGGUCGCAGGACUUCCAGAACCUCGAGGAACUACUUCGUCUACGCCGACCUUAUCUGGUGAUCUGGGAGCCUCGCUGUACUUUGUGGUCGAACCUCCAGUACCUUAACCGCUCCCCCGAGGACUUGGAUCGUCUUAGACAGCGAGAACGAAAGUCGGUGGCAUCCAUGUGUAAGGUUAUCCAGUCCCUCUACCAGAGCGGCAUCCACUUUCUGCGGGAGAACCCGCUCCACACGCCGUUCUGGGAAACCCCGGAGCUUCGACGGCUUCGAGGCCUCCCGGGAGUUCAACUGGGUGAGGGUUGCAUGUGUGCCUUCAACUUACGAGAUGCGCAGGGCCAUUUACUCAAGAAGCCUACGGGUUGGCUGGGAAGUGUGCCAGAGGUGCUGGCCCAGUUGUGCGUGUCUUGCCCCGGCAACCACGAACAUGGACAAUGCCUGGGAAGUAACAACACCCGCAAGGCCCAGGUGUACACCCGGGAGUUGGCAAAAGCGUGUGUGAAUGGAUUGGUGCAAGCUCUCCAGCGGGAAGGAGAUGAACGAUGGUGUCAAAGCUGGACUUCCGAGGCCUCGCUUCCGGAUGACCCAGUCCCGUGGAUUAACGACAUGCACUACGACCUCGCAGACGCGGAGUUCGACAACGUGUGGGAGCCCCCAGGUGAACUACGCUGCAGGGUCUACUUUCUCGACGUGAGUCGGCAUCAUGAGUCCUGGCAGCCGCUGCUGGAGGAGGCAGAAAGACGACUGAAGAGUAUGACCACGAGCUCGGUGACCAUCAAGCCCUCACCUUUCUAUGAGCAGGUCAAGGCCCUGGUGCCCUGGAAGCUCAAGAAGCUACAGAUAUUCCGGGCGCCAAAGCAGCGCCGCCUUCCACAGGAUGUGCUUCUUGAAGGUGUACAACACAGAGGGGCCGCCUUGUUGUUCAACGACGGCACCGUGUCCAUCGAGGCCGAGGCUGUGGCCUCUAUCCUGGAAUCCCCCUCGAGCAGAUAUCCCAAACCGGUGCGAGUAGCCGUGUACUUCUACGGCGAUGCCCCUAGCACGUCCUUGAAUCCCGAACAAAAUCUACAGCCUGAAGCUCCUCGCCCACAGAACGAUGUUGCGCAGCCGGACGCGGAGGACCAGAUGAAACCGCAUCAACCGGGAUAUCGCGAUAUCUCCUUCCCCGGGGCCAACAUUCCCGACUGGGUGCAACAAGUUCUACGGCGAGUGCACACGAAUUUAGGGCACCCUCCCCGGGAGGUGCUGGUUCGCCAGUUGGCAACAGCUGGCGCGAGCGACAUCGCGCUGAAAGGAGCCCGAGCUCUACGUUGUGAGACAUGCUUGAGAGUGAGUCCUCCUCAUCAACCACGUGUCUCUAAGGCUUUUCAGGCGAGACGCUUCAAUGACAGGUUGUGUGCCGAUGUGAUCUAUGUCAAGGACAUUCGUGGCGGCACUCACGUCUUCCUCAAUCUGGUUGAUGACGCGACAUGCUACCAAGUAGCUCCUCGGCUCCAGAGCCGCUCCGAGGACUGCGUCAUUGCGACUUUGGUCGGGGGUUGGUUCCAGUACUUCGGACCUCCUGACGAAAUGGCCAUUGACGCUGAAGGAGCUUUCCGGGGCAUGCGAUUCGAAAAUCUCCAUGCCCAGCUCAACGUGGCAGUGCGGUGUGUACCGCCAGACAGCCAUUGGCAAUUGGGGAAAGCUGAACGCCACGGACAGGCCCUCAAGUACAACGUGCGCCGGCUCAUUCACCAGUUCGCUGCCCUCACAGUGCCUGAAGUCAACUUGUGUGUCAUCAUGGCAUGCUAUGCCAAGAACCGAUUGGUGCGGCGAUCAGGAAGCUCGCCCGCCCAAUGGGUAUAUGGACGCGAUCAAAAGCUUCCAGCCGCCCUCCUUAGUGACGGUGGCUCCAUCGAGGCCGCGCAGUUGGUCAAUGACAGCACGAGACUUAUGCAAAUCGAGGCUGUCAGAACCGAAGCAAUGCGUAAUCAUCAUACGUAUGAAGCCCACGAAGCACUACGGGCAGCACUUCUUCGGAAAAGCCGACCUUAUCGCGGUGCUUUCUACCCCGGACAGAAAGUGGCGUAUUACCGCAUGCGCACUGCUACCGGCGACGGGGAAGGAACCGCUGAGGGUUAUAGACAAGGGGUGGUGUUGGCCCUCGAUCGCAACCCCAGCUCCAACGUGGCCGUGAACAUUUGGCUUCGCAAUGAUCGCGGCCGUCUGGUGCAAUGUUCUCCCGAGCAAUGCCGUCCAGUUUGUGGUGAGCAAGAGUGGUGGGCGCCCGAUCCUUCGGACCUGGAGGUGCUUAAAAAUUGUGACGAGGAGUUGCGCAUCCAUCCGCGUGCUUUUCGCACGCCUUCAGCCCGUCCAGCUCCUCAGGUCGAUCGUGGAGUGCUUCGAGACUUGGAGCAUGAACAUGCGGCAGCGCGCCCUCACGCAGAAGCCGACCUGCCGGCGGAGAAUGAAGACGAUGCCCGUACGGUGCUGGACCCAGCUGGCAAUCCAAUCUCUGCUGAAGCACCCAUGUUUAGCCCGAUGAUGGUCGCACCGCCUACUCCGAGAUCGACGCCCGGCACCCCGCGAACCCGAGCCAGGUCACGAUCGGCGGUGCGAGACAAGCCCGGACUACCCGAACAAGAUCGACGCCCUUCAGAUCUUGCACUUCCUGGGUCCCUUGAGCUACCAGAACCACCAGUGUCCGGAUCAGAUCGGACUUUUAUACCCGGACAAGAUCCCCCUUCAGAACGUGCACUUCCUGGGUCCUUUGGCAAUAGCCGUAGAUUGUCUACAGCGUCUUCUACCAGGCCAUUUUCCCGACAGACAUCGCAGCAGGUUGGUCCCCUUGAACGCAUAGCUGAGUCCCAGGUUCCAGAUGCUCGUGGUGUCAAGCGCGCCCCAAAUGUUGGCAUUGAGGAGUUGGGGGGGGCUUUCCCUCGUAAAGAUAAACCGGCAGCAGCUUCCAGCUCUUCAAUGGCAGUGAGAUUUUCGCUUUGUGAGCUUGAGCCAACGGCUCAUCUAGUAUUUUGUCAGGACUGCGGCGAGCAGUACCGCAUUUUUCCCAAGCAGUGUCCACGAUGCGGAGGCAGUCACCCGGUGAACAACCCGCGAGAAGUGGUCUCGUGGCUGGACGAGGUCAAGGAAAGAGAGGCCUUUGAUGCUUUGGUGGGCGUUCCCUUUGAGCGCAGGAAGACACAGCCUCUCGAGUACGGGCCUGAGCUGCGGGACGAGUUGGACUACUACCAGACACCGGGAACCUCCGCGACACUCACGUCUUCUACCACCUUUUCUUCUACAGGCAUGCACCGCCUAGAUGUUUUACGCCGCCAUGCACGAGGACAGCAUCUGCGGCAAGGUUGGGAUGGAGUGCCCAGCGAAACACCGCCGAUCUACCAGUACGACGCCUUUCUCACGGCCUGUCACCAUGUGAUCCCUGAGCUUAUGGUCGAAGACACUAGCUCAAGAAAGCAACGCAUGGAGCUUCAGGCUUUAACGACGUCCGCGACUACUACCACCAAGACGGCACUUUCUGAGCAGCUCGCGCGGUUGCUUCUCCGGCGGAAAGACUACAGUCAUGACUCCUGCCAGCAGCUCCUCGAGGUCGUGGACAUGAAGCCCCCAGACCGACGCUGUUUGGCUUACCGGCGACCCCAUUCUGGAUCUCUCACCCUCGGGUACUAUAGCCACGGCAACCACAUGGGCGUGACCAGAGCAACACAUGCACACGGCCACCUGACCAAGUACCUCAACAAGUACCUGCAGAGUCACGGAGCUCGAGGCCCUAUCAGCAGUUUGUUCAUCGCCCGCAACACAACCAGUUCGCUCCACCGCGAUGUACACAACAGCAAGGGCAGUUUGAACUGGCAUGUCACCUUCGGCGACCAUGUGGUUGGAGACCUGUGGGUGGAGCUCCCCGAGAAUGAGAUCAUCGCCGAGAACUGCGAGCAAAGGAGCUUUGGAGGACAAAGACAUUGGGGAUUUCGUUACGACACCCAUCGCAACCUCACCAGCUUCGAGCCUGAUCGGCUACAUGGCUCGGACAAGUUCCAGGGCGAGCGCUACGUUAUCACCGCGUACCAGACCCGCAACGCCGACAUCGCGCCCGUGGACCACCUGAACUACCUGAAGAAGCUCAACUUUACCCCUUCAUCAAGGAAGGUGUCAUUUCUGACUUCCACUUCAGCGAGUUCCGAGACCGUCGACGACUCCAAGGCCCCGUCCUAUGUCCCGGUGUUUCAGGCUUAUCCUACGAAAGCCCAGACCAGCGCGUCCACCGAGACGGAGAAGGUGGUCGCCAUGGAAUCCUCGUCUGAGAGCGAGGGAGAGGACGGCACCUUCGAGGCCAAGCGCGCAGCCCAGCAGGCCCGCAAGAAGGAGGUGCACUGGAAAUCCAUGAGUCCGGAGGAAGUCGAGCCCUUCGUCGAGGCCCUGAAGAAGGAGUGGUCGGAAUGGGAGCGAUGGAGCAGCUGCAAGGCUGUUAGUGUGGCUCCAGGAGAGGUGGCACCUCAUCUUAUCCUGAAAAGCAGGGUCUGCUACAGAUGGAAACCGGUGCCCGAAGGCCAGAAGGCUAAGGCGAGAAUCGUGAUCGCGGGCUUCCGCGACCCGCACUUGCCAUUGCUUACCCGUGAUGCCCCUGUCUUAGCAAGAACUUCGCUGCACCUCUUGCUACAAUGGUCGGCCAGUUUUCGGGUGUUGCUUUGGAAUGCUGAUUGUCGCUCAGCCUUUCUACAAGGAGAUCCUGAUACAGAACGUCCAGAGGCCAUUUACAUGCGACCUCCCCAGGAUCCCGUUGCCCUUCAAGCGGUACCUCAGUGGAGCGAUGCUCGGCUACUGUAUCGGUUGUCUGCCCCGGUAUACGGACAAUCGAAUGCGCCGAGACAAUGGUUCAACCAUGUUGUUCGGGUCCUGAAGAAACUCGGCUGGACCCAGCACUCUCUUGAUCCAUGUCUGUUCAUGCAGCGGAAUGGCGACAAGGUCGUAGCUCUCCUGGGCAUCCACGUCGACGACCUGAUUGGUGGAGCCCUUGCCGGUUUCGAGGAAACGCUCAAUAAGGUGGAGAGCCACUUCACUUGGGGCUCACCCUGGUGUUCCGGGGAGUUUACAUUUGUGGGCAGGCACAUCAAGCAGUGGCCCGAUGGCAGCAUCACGCUGGACCAGGCUUCCUACGUCAACGAAGUCCCGGCUACUAAGGUCAAGCUGGACGACGGCAUCUUGCUGCACGACCGCCCGGAGCUCGUCACCGAAUUCCGUUCCGGUAUUGGAUCGUUGCAGUGGCUUGCUGGGACGACGAGAGGUGACAUAGCAGCGGACACCAGCUUACUGCAGAAGUCACCCAAGGACCUCACAGUGGCGGACCUGAAGGAGGUGAACGCGGUCUUGCGCUAUGUUCGCGCCACGGCGGACUCCUGCGAAAAGUUUGCCCCGGUGGACCCCGAGAAGCUCAUCUUCGUGGCCUACGGAGACAGCGGCUUUGCGAACGCUCCUGGCAACAAAUCCCAGGGUGGCUUGGUGAUCACGAUCACCGAUCAGGAGGCACUCACGCAGCCACGAGCCGCGUCGCUGGUUGACUGGAAAAGCUACCGCCACCAACGAGUUCUGCGGAGCACUCUGGCUGCGGAAGCGUCAGCCCUGGACCGAGCCUAUGACCACGCCCGGUUCAUGGCUAUGGUUUGGAGCGAAAUGAUCAAGGCCGACUACGUGGCCACCAUGAACGAGAGGCCCCUGGUGGAAGUUGUCCCCGUCACGGACGCAAGGUCGCUAUGGGACGCUAUCCAUCGCCUGUCUACAAGCUUCACGGAGAAGCGUGUGGAAAUAGACAUCGCUGCCCUGCGUCAGCAAUGUCGUGGACUGAGAUGGGUUCCAACAGAGCAGAUGAAGGCUGACUGCAUGACGAAGCGUUCGAGGCUCUUGAGGGAUACCUUCCGUCGAUGGAUGGCAGAGCCGUUCGUCACUUUGGUAGAUAGCAAAGCACCAGGCGACCUAGUCACGGGUGCUGAUGCAAACGCUGCAUGGCGAGCGAAGUGA